AUGGCAAACUCCGGCGAUCCCUUUUCGAUGUUGAUGUCAACGCUCCGUGCUUUUCACAGUCUCCGUUUUGCCGCCGCAAGAGAUUCCAUCGAACAAGAGAAUCAGGCGGUUCCUCCUCCUCCUCCUCCUCCUCCUCCACGUGAAACUCCCAUCGCCAAUCCUCCUCCGCGAUCCACCGCACCAAGAAGAGAAACCAAUCUUGAUGAAGAAAAUCUUCAAUCUUUAACCAACUCAUUUCGCUCCGCCUCCGCCGCCUUAAAUCCUCGAGAAAGGGAGACGUGUUUGCAAUCGCUGUUCAACUUGAUGAAUAGAAACGAAGAAGAAGAAGACGACGCGGCUCCGUUUCAACAGUUGAUCUCAGGGUUAAGCGGACGCGAUCUUCAGAGGAUGGCCUCGUUGCUGACGUCAGAUUCCGAUGACUACUUCUUUGGGAUUGCAAGUAACAAGAACGGCUCCAAACGCCUUCAGAAACUCCUCGGGAGAUCAGGCUACGCGGACGAUCUCUUCGCCGCCGCUAUCUUGCGACGCUUCUACGACUUCAUGACCGACAAGCAAGCGUACUACGUCGCGGUUCAAGGGAUGCGAGUUUUCAGCCGGGAGAAGAAAACGAAAAUGUGGCGCCUCAUCCACCUCCACGCGAUUCAACUGGCGUGUGACCGACACGGCUGCGUCGCGCUCGACGCAAUCAUGACCAACGUGGAAGAUGUUGACGGCAGGAGCCACCUCAUGGGCAUGGUCGCGGCCAACGCUCUCUUGCUGAGCUACGAUGAUUACGGGAACUUUGUGGUCCAACACGUGCUUAAACUGGAUGACUUGGAUUGCACGUGGAACAUUGCGGUUAGACUCCGUGGCAAUUGCGUGGAGCUAUCGUUUCGGAAGUACGGAAGCUACAUCGUGGAGAAGCUUUUGGAGACGGAGGAGUCGACGCCUUUGGUGGUGGCGGAGCUUUUGGGGUGCGAAGGACUCAGGCUGAUGAGGCUGGCGAGGAGUGAGUUUGGGGGUUUCGUUGUGGUCAAGGCACUGACAACACUCACGCGUGGGGAUCAUCAGUUUUGGGGUCUGGUGAAUAAGCUCAUGCCGUUUCUCGAUCUCUUGCGUAGGUCUCCGGGAAGAACAACCGUUGCAACAUUCUUGGAGUCUCUUCAUCAUUAG